AUGGGGGAUUGGAACUUGUUGGGCAGCAUUUUAGAGGAAGUCCAUAGUCACUCCACCAUCGUGGGGAAGAUCUGGCUCACCAUCCUCUUUGUUUUCCGUAUGCUUGUACUUGGUGUCGCAGCAGAGGAUGUCUGGGACGAUGAACAGAGUGAGUUUGUUUGCAACACGGAGCAACCGGGGUGCAAGAACGUGUGCUACGACCAGGCUUUCCCCAUCUCUCUAAUCCGUUAUUGGGUACUUCAGAUCAUAUUUGUUUCCUCCCCAUCUUUAGUCUACAUGGGUCAUGCAUUGUACCAUUUGAGAACUCUUGAAAAGGAGAGGCACAGGAAAAAAGCCUUUCUGAAAGCUGAACUGGAGGUGACGGACCCUGUUCUCGAGCAAAAGCAAAUCGAGCGGGAGCUCCGAAAACUAGACGAACAGAAGAAAGUGAGGAAAGCCCCGCUUCAAGGUUCUCUUUUGCGAACGUAUGUCUUGCAUAUCUUGAUGAGAUCCGCAUUGGAAGUGUGUUUUAUCAUCGGUCAGUGUGCGCUAUAUGGCAUUGGGCUGUCUCCUCUUUUCAAAUGUGAGAGAUUGCCUUGCCCCAACAGCGUGGAUUGUUUCGUGUCACGACCAACUGAGAAAAACAUCUUCAUGGUUUUCAUGCUAGUUAUAUCUGGAGUUUCCUUAUUCCUCAACCUCCUUGAGAUCUUCCAUCUUGGGCUGAAGAAAAUCAAACAAAGUUUGCACGGUUACAUAUGCGGAGACAGCGAUAGUGUGUGCACGUCAAACAAAAACUUGGUGCAGCAUGUUUGCUUAUUCCCAGAUUCCUCCCCUCACAGACCGAUGCAACUUCCUCCGAUGGCCUGCUCAGUUAUUUCGGGCACUCGCGAAGAAACGCGGCCGCAAGCCAACAUUGACGGUCUGCAGCAUCUGAGAGCUAUGGAGAGGCAAAACGCUGUGGACACUGGGCCGCAAUUGCUCUCCAGUGACGAUUUAAAUGCACCGCAUCACUCUGGAUCACAACUCGCAAUGGUCGGCCAUGUGGACAACCGUGGAGCCCAGAGCGCUUCACAGAGAAAGCAAAGUGUCUUCAAAGAACUGAGUGGCAUAAGUGAUUGUCCCGGAUGCGACCGUCUCUCUGCAGUCCGUAAAAAUAGUUUCAUGGGCCGAAGAAUGUCUGAGGGAAGUCCAUCGGCCAGUCUAUUUUCUACGAAUGGAAUGAGUAAUAAGCCCCAGAACUUCAACAAAGAAGAGAGUCCUGUAAUGACUCCACCACCUCCAGCUAGUGGGAGGAGAAUGUCCAUGAGCAUGAUUCUUGAGCUUUCCUCCAUCAUGAAAAAAUAA